AUGCUUCUCAACUCGUUUCUGAUUGCGACUCUGUUCGCAGCGGCUUCGAUUGCCGCUCCGACUAGUGCUUGUCCUCCUAGAGCGACUAUUGACUCAGGAGUGGUAAUAGGAAAGAAAACCUCACUCCCUAACUCGGACAAGGCAGUCAAUCAAUUCCUCGGUAUUCCAUUCGCCGCACCGCCCACUCGAUUCACACCUCCGACCAAGCCUGAACCAUGGUCAAGGCCGUUCAACGCGACCGAGUAUGGUCCCUCCUGUAUCCAGCAAUUCAACUACCCCGAAGAGAGUCGCAACCGGUCCAUUGCAUGGUACAACGACCCGCCUACACCUGCGGGCGAGAGUGAAGACUGCUUGAACCUGAAUGUCUAUGUUCCUGCAGAGCCAGCUGAGAAUCGAACUGUGAUGAUCUGGUUCUAUGGAGGCGCCAACAACUUCGGCCGUAACUCCGACCUCUUGUACGAUGGGACGAGCUUUGCUGCAAAUCAGGAUGUCAUCAUUGUUGUUUUCAACUAUCGACUCAAUGUAUUUGGAUUUCCCGGUUCGCCUGAGCUCGAUUUGGGCGAUCGAAACUUGGGCUUUCUUGAUCAACGUCUGGCUGUUGACUGGGUGCAGCGCAAUAUUGCCGCCUUCGGUGGCGAUCCAGAAAAAGUGACUCUCUUUGGAGAGAGCGCUGGAGCUGAUGGCAUCGACGCACUCAUCACCAGUAUUCCCGAGGAUCCUCCUUUCCGUGCUGCCAUUCUACAGUCUGCCCCGAUCUUUAUCCCAUCGACGGUCAACACCAGUGUCGCUCGACCAGGAUGGGCAUUGCUUGCCGAGGCUUUCAACUGCAGCGAGACUCACCCAGAGAGCAACCUGACAUGCCUUCAAUCACAGCCAGCUGAGCUUAUCAAGUCGACCAUCGAACUAUACAGUCUACCAUUUAGCCCGAUCAGCGACGGUGUGACCAACGUUGUCUCUCGCACCGAAGCCCGCCUCAAUGGAUCGUUCGCCCAGGUACCCGUCCUGGCUGGCAGCAACGCCGACGAAGGCACCAUUUUCACCCUCGGACUCAACAACAGCAAGCAGCUCCUGUCCGUCAUCUUCCCAGAAGCACCCGAACUUUUAGAGCCAUUCCUCGACAUCUACCCAGAAGAUCCAGAGAACCCCAACGCACAAGUCGACGGAUUCAUCAGAGACUUGGUCUACCAAUGCCCAAUGCUCAUCCUGACCAAUAUGACCCAAGCUGCUGGCAUCCCCAGCUAUCGAUUCGUAUUCAACGCGAGUUUCGAAAACACCGAAUUCUUCCCCGGCGCGGGCGCCGCUCACGUCUCGGAAAUUCCCAUCGUUUGGGGCACCUCGCCGCAAGAAAACAUCACCGAUGACCAAAUUGCAUUGAGUCAAGCGAUGCAGACCGCCUGGGCCGACUUUGCUAAAGAUCCCACCGGUGGCCCUGGUUUCGACAGUGUGCCUAAUGUCGCGGUCUAUGGCAGUGGUGUCGGUCUUCAUGGUGAUGGCUCCGGUCGAUUGUUGGAUGAACUUCCAAGUUCGAUUGUCGAUGCUAGAUGUACGCUGCUUGCGCAAAUUUUCGAGCUUAUCGAAGGUUGAUUUCAGGAUGACACACCUUGAGAGUACU